GACUGAUGAUGGAAAAAGACUUACUGAUCACCCAGUUUAAUGCUCAUUGGGUUGGGUUAUGCUUGAGUCACGGUCGCCACGUACUCUCGUCUACUUUCCAGUGGAGGUGUUUAGCAUCUCAAAUGAUCACAUGAUCUCUGACAGGGACACACACCCCUGAUACGUAACAUCUGAGUCGUCUAUAAAUGCAGCUCCAUUCAUUCACAGUAAUAAAGCAGGUAUGAGAGGAAACAUGGAGACAAAGAAGUUUUUCCUUAGUUUGUUUGCAGUUACUGCAUUCUUGCACGUUCUGCUAUCCAUUCCUGAAAGGAAGGGGCCUCCUCUGACUUCCAGCUCCUAAGAAUAAUUUGUCUGCCAAUCAUUAAACAGGUUUGUACCCAGUGUCUUAUGUGUUUGUCUCUUAUGUCACUGUCUGUCCAUCCACCUAAUAUAAACAAUUGAGGACAUGGUGAAACCUGAGUAUCCAAAACAGUGCAAAUGUGUUCAUGAACCCUUAUCCAGAAAUCCUGAAUUUUUGUACAGGACCAGAGGGCAUUAGUUAAGUAUCCAUCCUCAGUCUUACAUCUCCAGCAAUAGGGUGUGUCUUUUAACCCAAGCCUGAACAGUCUGGAAGGGGUCCAGUAAAAACGGUGCACUAUCUUAAACUGUAUAAGGCGUAUUUUUGCAUCCCUAGACGCCGUUUUGACAUUUUUUAAAACUCUAUACCACUCAUCAUCAUCAAAUGUUAAAUUCAAGUCCCUUUCCCAUAUUUUCUUAAGAGCUAAUAACACUCCAUCACCAUGAUUUUGAAUCAGCCAGGAGUAGUAUGUUGAUGCUUCAUGACCCUUCCCAUAUGCUGAAAUUAUCAUACAAUGAAUGUCUGCUGUCUUAGGAGGCUGUGUACUAGAACCAAAAGUAGUACAAAGUAAAUGUAACUGUAAAUACCAAAAAAACUGAGAUCUAGAUAUACCAUACUGCUGACGUAAAUGUUCAAAUGACUUCAGGCUACCAUUUUCAUAAAGAUCACUUAAUAUAAUGACACCUUUCUUAAUCCAUUCCCUCCAUAGAAAAGGGGCUUUAUUAAUACAUAGUUCAGGGUUCAACCAUAUACUUGAACAAGCAUUUAGGUAAGGGUCAGAGCUACGCAGACAGAAAAUCUUUAACCAAACUGUUUGCAAAUGCGAAAUAAUAGGAUGUUUUUUCACCUCACUAUCCAGUUUAAUGAACAGACUCUGCAAUAAUGAAAUCAAAGGCAAGACAGAUUGUUCAAUCGUAUACCAAGGGGGAGCUCGCUCAGGCGGCAGUGACCAAUGAGCCAGGUGUCUGAGACUGAAAGCAUAAUAAUAAAAUAAAACAUUAGGCAGGCCUAAACCACCUUUCUCAACAGGUCUCUGCAACUUAUUAGAAUGCAUCCGAGGACGCUUACCAUUCCAAAUAAAAACCUUACAUAUUCUGUCAAACUGUUUAAAGUAGUAAAGCGGUAUUUGUAUAGGGAGAGACUGUAAUAAAUAAUUCAAUUUUGGUGUACAACUCAUUUUAAUUACAUUGACUUUUCCAGCCAUAGACAUAUGGAGUGGAGCCCAUCUAUCCAUAUCGCAGGAAAUCUUCUUCAUUAAGGGGUCGAAAUUAGCUCUUACUAAGUCAUUUAAAUUUGGGGGAAAUAGAAUUCCUAAAUAUCUAAUACCUGGCUUAGGCCAUUGGAACAUGCCAGGGUGAAAAGCUGAGGCAGGGCAAAAUGCAGUCAGUGCAAGGGCUUCCGAUUUCAGAGACAAAUAGUAAGAUGUCGUCUGCAUAAAGCAUAAGCUUGUGUGUUAGUCUCCCUGCUACAAUGCCAGGAAAAUCCUCGUUUUUGCAGCAGCUAAAGGUUCCAAAGCAAGACAAAACAGCAACAGGGAGAGUGGAGAGCCUUGCCGUGUUCCCUCUACCUAGUACAAAAUACUCUGAAAUUAAUCCAUUGGUUUGUACCGCUGCUACCGGUUGCUUGUACAAUAAUUUAAUCUAUCUUAUAAACGUGGUUCCAAACCCAUAGACUUCUAGAAUUUUAAAAAGGUACCUCCACUCCAUCAUGUCAAAAGCCUUCUCUGCAUCUAAUGAGAUGGCUGCAAUUGGGGUCUGUUCCUCCCUUACUGACCACAUAAUGUCAAUAAACCGACGAAUAUUAUCAGAAGAGCUACGGCCACUAAUGAACCCUACUUGAUCCACAUGAUAUAACUUUAUUUAAACGAUUAGUUAGGAUUUUUGAUAAGAUUUUCAUAUCAAGUUGAAUCAGUGAUAUUGGGCGGUAAUUUUUACAAUCACUUGGAUCCUUAUCCUUUUUAAGUAUAAGACUAAUUAGAGCUUGUGACAUUGUUGGUGGUAACUCCUCCCUCUGAAAUGCCUCCAUAAAAACUUCUAGCAUUAAAGGAGCAAGGUCUUUAAUGUGUUCCUUAAAAAAUUCUGCGGGGAAACCAUCUGGACCAGGAGCUUUUCCUGUAGGCAAUGCUCUGAUCACCUCAAUCACUUCCUCUAGAGUUAUAUCGGAGUCAAGAAGUUGCUUCUGCUCAUUUGAUGGUUUAGGGAGAUCUAACGGAUCCAGGAAUCUGCUAAUAUCCUCAUCAGUUGAUGAUGAUGCUGACUUGUAAAGAUCUAUAUAAAAUUCUUUAAAUGUAUUAUUUAUAUCUGUAGCAGUAGUAAAUAUAUCUCCCCUAACAGGACCUAACAGAUGGAAUAAUGGAAGAACACUCCUUGUGCUUGAUAUAAUUAGCUAGAAGUUUUCCUGCUUUAUCUCCUGACUCAAAAUAUGUCUGUCUUGUCAAUAGCAAAAAUUCAAUCUUUUGAGACAGAAUGGUGUUAUAUCUAUAUUUCAGCUGAGUUAAUUCUCGAAGACCACUAGAUGUCACUUGACGUUUUAUCUUUGUUUCAGCCCUUUUAAUGCCAUUUUCCAACUCCAAAAGUUCUUGUGCUUUAAGUUUCUUGGAAUGCGCCGCAAAUUGAAUGAUACGUCCCCUAAUAACUGCCUUAAAAGCAUCCCAAGCCACUCCCACCGAAGAUAAUGAUGACCAGUUUGUUUCUAUGUACCCAUUAAUUUCUGUUUUUAACAUUUGUUGAAAUACUGGGUUUUGUAAGAGAGAUGUAUUAAGACGCCAUCUAUAUGAUUUUUUCCUCUCUAUAUAAGGCUUCAACUCUAAACAUACCCAAGCAUGGUCCGAAAUUAAGAUAUUUCCAAUCAGGAAAGACCAUAAUAUGAUUGUUCUCCCAGCAAAGUUUACCUUUAAUUCUCGCCGCCCAUAACACGAAGUCCCUGUCAGCAGACCGUAGGAAUUUUGCCAAAAUCAGCCUGUCGAGUUGAGGCGCUGACCGGGAGAUCUGUGUGCGCGCUCUAUCUCAAGUUGCCGGCCCGACGAGUCUAUCAAUUGAGGGAUAAGUCCAUCCAGAAACCUCACCAUGUCCUGGCCGUCUUUUCCUUCAGGUAUUCCGACGAUACGGACAUUGUUGCGUCUGUUCCGAUUCUCCAUGUCUUCUAUUUUAUCCCAUAUUUGCUCCAGCUCGGCUUUGGUGGCAGGUGGAUUGACCUGUAGUUCUCUCUCGGCCCCUUCUAGAAACUCCACUCGUUUUUCAACCUCAUCCAAUCUUGUAAUCAGGGCGGAUAGUUUAGCCUCCACCAACGCGGUAGUUUUCCGUGUCUCCGCAAUUCCCUCCAUAUCACUUGAGAUUUUUGUCAGAAUAGUAUAAAUGUUGGCGAUGUCUUGACUCCCGUCAGUGGACUCGGUCUCGGGAUCAGCUAACGUUAGCUCCCGGCCAUCUUGAUUCUGAGUGGCGUCGGGCGUAUGAGAACGUAAGUGCCUUUUUAUAUCCCUACAAGCUGAGGAAUUCGACGUUUUAGACAUUCUUUAAUAUCAGUAUUGCUUAAGUGACCGUGUAAUUACAGUUUUCACCGGUUCAAGAUUAUUAACAGGAUAAUUGUAGCAAACUGAAGCGGAGCUCGCUACUAAGCUGCCUCCUCUCGCAUCACGUCACAUGACUCCCCUGCCAAAGCAGAAAAUUAAAACCAGAUGUACUUUUCAUGUUAUUAGAUUUUUAACAAAAAUUACACUUGUACCAAGAGGCCGUUUUGCCCUACAGGUGCGAUAAAAUGUCUCCAGUCGGACAAAACCAUUUGCUUAAUACUUUACAAAAAACAAACAAACAAAAAAAUUGAAAAUAUUCUGAAAAUAUAAUUAUAUUUUAUUUUAAAUAACCCAUACUCCAAUCCACAGGCAUGAUUUAUAAUGAACUGUUCACUCUUUCUUCAGGUGUGUCUGCUGUUGGUUCAGUGUCAGUGUCUGUGAUGGAGGGAGAUUCAGUCACUCUAAAGACUGGAGUUAAAACAGACCAACAAGAGAGAAUUCAUUGGUAUUUUAAUGACAUUCGCAUCGCGCGCAUCAAUGGAAAUCUCAGUGAUAUUUGUACAGAUGUUCAGUGUAAUGAAAGUAAUGAGAGAUUCAAACACAGACUGAAGCUGGAUCAUCAGACUGGAUCUCUGACCAUCAUGAACAUCAGAAGCACAGACUUUGGAGAAUAUAUAUCAAUGAUCCUGAAUAUCAGCGACAAAGAAAUUAUCUUCACUGUUACUGUUGAUGGUGUUCCUGCUCCAGUGUCAGUGAAGGAGGGAGAAUCUGUCACUUUACAUCCUGGUGUGAUAAACGACUCAAAUGAUGUGAUGAUAUGGUGUUUUAGUGGCAGUCCCAUCGCUCACAUCACUGGAAACCAGAGUAAGACCUUUACAGUAAAACAGGGUCUUGAUGGUGAGAGAUUCAGAGGCAGACUGAACGUGACUCAGACCGGAUCUCUGACCAUCACAAACAGCAAAACCACCGACUCUGAACUUUAUCAACUACAGAUCAUCAACAGCAGAUUCAGCAUCACCAGGAGCUUCUGUGUUUGUGUCACUGAUGGAGAAAAGUGACAUGAUCUGAGCGGAUCUUAACUGGAUCAGUGUGUUUCUGCAACUUUAUUCCCAUUGACAUGAUUUACAAAAAAACACACUUAAGCUGGUGCUGAUGAAAUACUUCACUUAUUAAUCAUAAUGCUCAUUUUACAUGUUAUGGAAAUAAUUACCUACCUGUUACUGGAAGCACAUAUCAUUUAGGACAUUUAGAUGAACAUUAUCUGGUAGUUGCACCUUAUGAACCUGGAAUGUAUUUACAUUAUCAUUUUGCAUGUUUAUUAUAAUAAGUGCAUUGGUUUAUGGGUAUGGAAGAGGUUUGUUUUCAGCAGUUUCUUGAAGGUUGAGAUGCUCUCAGCAGAUCAGAUGAAGUCGAAUGUUUCUGGAGUGAAGCUUCAUUGUGAUGAACCACUAGAUGGUGCUUAUUCACUCUAUUAAUAUAAUUGUUAUAUAUUCAGUUCAACAAUAACCUACAGUUUGCAUUCAUAUAUCUUGAUCAAUUCAUAAAUCAAAUGCUUUGCAGCAUUUAACCCUCAGUUAACACUCAGUGACAUCAUUGACCAUGAAUUCUCAGGACAGUCAACAUCAUUUACAAAAUGUAUUAAAUCGACAAACUGAAUUUGAAGAUCUGCAC